CUCCCUCCUCUCAGCCUCCUCUGCCUCUAGUUGGAUUUGGAGCUGAGAGACUCACUAGGAACAAUGGGUUUCCCUCGCCUGCUGCUCGCCCUGGGCUGCCUUUUGCUGGCCAUCCUUUGCAUCCAAGGAGCCCAUGGGAAAGUGGACGUCUUUACCCCGGACGUGGUGGAGGCAGAGAUUGGGAAAACCGCGAUCAUCAAAUGCCGUUUCUCCGCCCCAGAAAACAGCAGCUACUUUUACAUCCACUGGUACUCGAUGGAGAAAAACGCACGGACGCUGAUCAUCUCCAUGAUCCAAGAUGCGGAGCAAAACAAGGACCCUAAAUUCAAGGAUCGGUUGAGCAUCACCCCCAAUUUUUCCCUCAAAAUCAGCGACGUGGUCUUGCAGGAUGCCAAGGUUUAUGUGUGCCAGGUGGGAUUAGGCAGCUUGGGCACCGGCGAGAAUCGGACGGAGCUGCGCGUCUCCAAAGCUCCAGAAACUCCUGUGAUCCAGAAGACAGAUGGAGGCAUUAUGGCAUCCGAUUCCGAGAAUUACGAGAUUGCAAAGUGUAUCAGCCGUAAUGGCUUCCCAGCCUCAACCAUCACAUGGUACAAGGAUGAAGAACAUCUGACAGAAAAUGGACAAGACAUUGACAUCCGCAUUGCGCACAUCAAGGAAAGCAGUGGAUUGAUCACUGUCCAGAGCACCCUUUUGGCACAAGUGACCAAAGAAGACCGCAAGGCUCACUUCCACUGCCAAGUGAAUUACAGCCUGGCAGGGAUUAAUAAGACUUCCAAGUCUGAAAGCUUCCAAAUCAAUGUUCACUACCCCUCAGAGAACAUCAGUCUUGUGAUAGACACACAGAGCCCGAUGGUGAAGGAAGGAGACAACGUGACGCUACGUUGCGAAGCUGAUGGCAACCCAGCACCUGAGUACACCUUCACCAAAAUUAAAGAGGGGAAUGAAGAGGAUCUCCCAGAUAUUUUGGGUGGAAAGUUAUCCUUUCACGACGUCAACAGGAACGACAGCGGCAUCUACGUGUGCAAAGCCUUCGACUUGCAAAUCUUAAGAGAGCUGAAUGCUACCGCGAACCUGUUUGUGAACUACCUCGAUGUGCCCACAAUUGCGGUCGCCACCUUAAAGCAGCGCAAACACCAGUGGGAAAGAGACCUCACCCGGCUCAAACACCUCUUGGAAGGGGACAGUGUGUUUCUUACCUGUAGCGCAACAGGUUCCCGGCCUUUGGAGUUCCAGUGGGAAAAGAAAGGGAAGCUGAUCGCAAAGGGGGAGCAGCUCAACUUGACCAGCGUCACCUACACAGCUACAGGGGAUUAUACCUGCCGGGUAACCAUGCCGGACAUCCCUGACCUCUUCCGCUCCAAAUCGAUUCCCAUGGCUGUUCACGCAAUACCGCAGCUGGCGCAACUAGAAGACCUCUUGUUUGUGAAGGAAGGUGAGCUGCUGAACUUGACGUGCAGCGCAUUUUCCUUAAGCAAGACCAAAGUGACAUGGAGCACAAAAAACUUAACAAGCGAAAACCUGCAGAGUGAAACAGUUUCACAGAAUCACCAGCACAAGAGUGUGCUCUCAAUCUACGUCACCAAGGCACUUCUGGAAUCGGGAAUCAAUUGCACUGCUGAAAACAGGAUUGGCAGAGCUGAGCAUCAAUUCAGGCUGGAGCUGAGGCCAGAAGUGGCAGAACCUGAUAACAGGACUGGUCCGACAAAACAGGAGAGCAAAGGGGUCAUCAUUGUGGCCGUGGUGAUCUGCAUCAUGGCGAUUUCUAUCCUGGGUGCCGUCCUUUACUUUCUGCACAAGAAAGGGAAGCUUCCCUGCGGACGCUCUGGAAAACAAGAGAUCACAAGGCCUGAAGCGCAUAAAGACGAGAUUGUAGUUGAAGUUAAGUCAGAUAAACUUCCGGAAGAGGCGGGGCUUCUGCAGGGCACCAACGGUGAGAAGCGAUCAGCAAAUGACCAGGGAGAGAAAUACAUCGAUCUGAGGAACUGAGGAGUGUUACCCGUGCAUCUUUUUCGGAGGGUUUCUUCUGUCUUCUCCCAAACGCUUCCUUUCCCCCUUGCUCCCAUUGCCAAACUCACAGCCAACGAAUGCACAUGACCAAAUGCAAAGGACCCAUCACAGUCCGUCCUAAGGAUUUUGAAGGACAAAAAGACUAUCUGAAAGAGACUGGCAUUCCUUUUCUCCUGAAGACCAAAAAGAGGAAAAAAAGAGGAAAUACUGUUUUUGAAAGUUAUUGUUUAAAAGCAUCCGCAUUAAGGAGCUGCUGGGCUGGGAAAUCACUCUCUGCCAUACAUGUUCUAAAUUCGUCAUGUUUUAGGAGAAAGGAGAAGAAAUCUUCCUCCUAACUUAGUUCACCAAAUGUUAUUAGUACCAUACAUGUACUAAGCUUCUUCAGUUGAUUUUUUUAGUUCUUGGCUUGGUUAGAAGUUUCGGUUCUUGGUUAGGAGAAAGAAAGAUUUUUCUCCCAACAUCUUUCUCUAAACAUAUCAUUUUUCUCACAAAGCGCUUGCCAAGCAGGACUGGUCAAAGUUAAACAAUUCUAUUUUUCCAUUAAGAGUCUGUCCAAACCUAGGACAAUGAUAGCCAGAAGAACCAACGUUGGGAGGAUUGGAGAAAAGCUCAAGGCGACUUUGGUUUUUACAGACUGGCUCUAAACUGUAGAAAAGAUUGAAAGCCAGAUUGCUCCCUGAACUGUUUCUAUUUAUCACAGACAAAGUCGUGAGGAUGUACAGCUGAAAAGGCUUUGGACCUGAAGCAUGGAUGGGAAACCACAAAGUGAAGGAUGGUAGGAUGGUCAGGUCAUUGGGGCAUAAUUUCCAAAUCAAGUCAUACAAUGAUUCUGUGCAGGGAAAGGUGCUCUCAGCACUUCAGAUGUUAAGAUAGCAACAAGGCACCCCGCUCUUUUUGGGAGGGGUAUGUACAAAUUGUAUAGUCCAUUGUGUUUUGAUCUGCCAACUUACGUUAUACCUCCCCCUUCCUACAAAAUCCACAACCCCUUGCUCCUAAAAUAGAUUACUUAAGCAACGCACUUGGCUGUCUUAGGAGAAAGGCCCCUCUAAUCCAGCUUCACUGGAAGAAGAUGGAGUGGAAGCAGAUGCCUUCUAUUUUUCUUUCAUUGUGCAGCCUCUGCAAAUACACUGAGGACAAGUGGAGACUUGCCUGUUCCAAAACAGUAACGUCAGGAUGCUUCCUUUGCCAACCUGGCCACGUGGCUGAAGCCAAACCCUUCUGCUUCAGUUCCCCGGUCCCUAGAUUUGAAAGGGGCAACAGAGAGAAAAAUAUUGUAGACCACCUGCUUCUGUACAGCAUGAUUCCCUAUGAGGUUUGGAGUCCCAAUUACCACCCAGACUUCAGGUGUGAACAGUGUCCAACUCAAAAAGAGUUACAAUUUUUUUUGCUUUAGACACUCGUUUUCUUGGUGGUUAAAAGGGGCAAACUUGUUAACCAAAAAGGGGAGAGAAGGGAGUGUUGCGCUUCACCUUGCAAGCCAGAAAAUUAUCCAAAACGAAGCUUUUGUUAUAUAUAUUUUUGUUGAUGAUGUGUGUGUAAAUUUAAGAAUGUUUGAGUUGCAGGGUUUUUAUAUAUAUUAUAUAUAUGAAAAAUAAAAUUAAAA